AAUGCAAUAAAAGGAAGGACACAAAAAGCAGAAGAGAAUGAAGAGAGGAUAGGCUGCAAUAUAUCCUCUCGAAGAUUCAGGAGGCAUUUUUGAUUUGUUUGGAAGGAAAGAUGACGAUGGUGGGGUUGAUGAAUGCUGGAAUGAUAGAAGAUGCAGCAAUAAUUGGAGGGUUGAUAGCGGUGCAACUUGUUUACGCGGGGAAUGCUGUGUUGUUGAGUUAUCUUAUGUCUUUAGGCAUCAACUCUCUUUCCAUUGUUAUUUUCACUUCAUUUGCUACAUUCCUUAUUCUCAUCCCCUUUGCCCUUUAUUAUGAAAGGAGUAGAUGGCCCAGGAAAUUCAGUUUCAAGUUGCUUAUACAGAUUCUCUUGCUUUCAUUUGGAGGGGUAACUUUAUUCCAGUCUUUAUUCCUUAAAGGAAUCAAUCUAACCUCGCCAGCAAUGGGAACUGCCAUGCCAAACCUUGCCCCAGGUCUUAUCUUCGUCAUCGCGUGGGCUUUUCGGUUAGAAAAAGUCAACUUAAGCUGCACAUAUAGUAGAGUAAAAAUCAUUGGCACAUUGCUUUGCGUCUUAGGGGCACUCACAAUGAGCAUAAUGCAAAGCAUCUCUACUCCUGCACCCACUGAAGAGGGAUCAGUUCAAUUAUCUUCUCCACCACCAAAUGUAAUGUUUGACAGACAAAAGAUAAUGGGUUGCCUCUAUCUCUUGGCCGCAAUCCUCAUAUUGUCAAGCAACAUUGUCCUGCAGGCUUUUACUCUAGGAGCUUUUCCUGCACCGAUAUCAUUGUGUGCAAUAUCAUCCCUUUUCGGAGCGUUCAUGACUACAACAGCUCAAUUACUUGAAGAUCACGAAUUCAAUACUAGUUGGCCACUUGUGAGCGUUCAAGAUAUGAUUGGCUAUUCUCUUCUGGCAGGUGCAGUGAAUGGAAUAUGCCUAAGCUUCAAUGGUUGGGCACUUGAGAAGAGAGGGCCAGUCUUGGUUUCCAUGUUCAGCCCCGUUGGCACAGUCUGCUCUGUCAUUUUCUCGGUUGUUACUCUACGAGACACCAUUAAUAUUGGAAGCUUUGCGGGUAUGUUCCUCAUGUUCACUGGGCUCUACUUUGUACUUUGGGCCAAAGGGAAAGAAGGCUUCGCACAUGGAGGUGGCUUAGAGAGUGAGUUUGAUGCAGAGAAGCCUCUAUUAAGUUGAUGUAUUUUCAUAUGUCAGAACAAGUAGUAUGUACAUAUUUCAUAGCUAGAAAUAGAGCAAAUAAAAUAGGAGAAGUUUAAUUAAGUAGGUUUUGGUAUAAGUGACUGUGUUAUAUAUGGUCAAUCAGCUUAAUGGCAAUUGGUAUUUGCAACCAGCAUUUAAAUAUUGAAACAACAUGAUGGCAAAGCAAGCUCUAGAUGUGGCCAAAAAUGUGUUUUAGAAUGUAAUGGAGGGGUGCAAAAGGACCUACAAUUUAACUUUUUGGGUUAGAGGAAUGGAUCAUGCAUCUUUAGUACAUCCGUCACAUGCAGCUUAGUUCGAUUUUUUAAUUUUACAUUAUGUAUUAUCGGUUGUACAUAGUCUGAAGUAAAAAAAUCAUUUUUCCUUUUCUCUCUUCUGUACACU